AUGGACGCGUUCAAGCAGAACGAGAUUCUCCGAAUGCAAUACGGCGGGAACAAGGCAUGGCAGGACUUUUACAACAAGAACGCGGCGAUCCCCUUUGACGAAGCGACCAUCAAAGAACGGUACGACAGCGAGAUCGGCGAGGAGUGGAAAGAACGCCUUACGGCACAGGUGGAGGAGCGAGAAUUUGAUAAAGCCACGUUCCUGAAGGAGAGGCAGGCUUUGCUUGAGAAACAGGCCAGUCGGUCGAAUACUCCGGUGGCUGUGAAGAACAGUACUAGCGGCGGUCCCGGUUCUGCGACGAGUCGUACUGCCUCUCCGGCGGCAACGGGCAACAAAAUCACAGCGGAACAAAAGGCCCAGAACGAGGCAUACUUUGCAAGAAUGGGUGAAGCUAAUGCUUCCAAACCUGAUCAUUUGCCGCCUAGCCAGGGUGGGAAGUAUAGCGGAUUCGGGAGUACGCCCGCUCCAGAGUCACAACCGCGGUCGUCGCAGACUGGCUUGCCUAGUGCAGACGAGUUCUCCAAGGAUCCUGUGGGUGCCUUGACAAAAGGGUUUGGCUGGUUCAGUGCCGCUGUAACAAAGCAGGCUAAAGUGGUGAACGAGUCGUAUAUCCAACCUACGGCGAAGAAUCUCGCGGCAUCCGAUCUUGCCGCUCAAGCCCGCACCGCAGCCCUCGCAGCGAGCUCCGGCAUCCAAAGCGGCGCCAAAGGGGCUGCCGAAUCGUUCAACAAGUUCAUUGAAGGCCAGGACGAGAGGGCAGCGGCAGCCUCUUCGCGGAAAGCCGCACAACCUGCUCCCGAAAGGAAAGAUUUCUGGGAUAGUUUCGGGUUGUCUGCCGAUUCUUCUUCCAAGUCUGGCAGUAGCAGUAUCGGCACAAGCGCGAUGAAGAAAACCCCCGUUGCAAACCCGCCUAAGAAGACGAAGGAGGAUGGCUGGGGUGAUGAUUGGUAG